AUGGUCUAUCGUAUCGACUCCACCUACCUCAACCAGGCCUCUUCUCAGGGGCCUAGCUUGCUUUUGAGGCGUUCUCGUAUCUUUGGCGAAUCUGGCGUGAGCGUGUUUGUACGGCUUGGCGUUACAUGCCGCGUCGGACACCGUUCGGUCGAGGAGAUUGGCGAUCUUGUGGCAAUGACGAAUGCCCCCUGGGCCCGUACCCUGGUUGCAGAGACUUUCAUGGAGACCGGCAACACGGCUUACAAAUGGAGUAGGGUGCUGGCUGCGGUCUUGCAAGCGGACCCCGAAGAGCUGGAGCUAGCACUUGCGAACAAGCAAAUGUCCGCCUUGGCGGCACAGUUGGCCACUUUCGUCACAACUAAAUUCCAAUGCCGUGAAAAUCGCGGCCUCAUGAAUGUCACCAGACGUGACGUACAUCCCGUUUCGGAUUGGUGUGUUCUGGCCAACUUUGUCGUUCAAUGGUCCUUGAGGGCAGACUGAAGAAUCGGUGUAAGUGGAUGUAACGUUGAACAGGGUGAAUGGGGGAGGAAUCUAUAAGAUUUAUCGGAGCCCACUUCGUUCCAAGAGGUAGGAAUAGUCUUGACGUCUGUUUCGAGUGUUGUGCCAGUGCUUGUGCCUCAUAGUGGUCGGGCCAUGUUGUUGUUAUGUAGUGUUGCCAACUUUGAUGAUUGAUGUAGUCAAAAAAGGGGGCCUUGGCUGACUGAGAAGCUGGGGAAACAAGGUGUGACACGUUCUAAAAAAUAAAGAUUAAACGAACGGAUGGUCUUUUUGGUCUGGACAUAAGCUGUCUUUAGACGUUGGGAAUUUGGACUUCUCGGAAAAGCCUACGGGG